AUGCAGGAACUAGACGGCGCUCGUCUCCAAAUAGUGGAAGUAUCAGAGAAUGGCGAAUACCGCGCUGCUACAGCGGAGUACGAGGUGGACGAUGACGCAGACUCACUCAGCGACCUCGCCGUCAGGUUGCAGGACGACGCCAUGAAGCAGCCCGAUGAAGUGAGCGUGGGCACGGCGAGUGGCAGUAGUCGCGGCAGUAGCGGCGCCGGCCGCGUCCGCGCCGCCCUACGACCCGGGCCUCCGCUACACCAUCACCCACCCGAUUUCCUAGAGAAUCUCAGAGAGACGCAACGGCAGAGGCUACAGAGCAAGGGCUCGGUGUCUCCGCCGUCGUCCCCCGGUCCACAGCCCCGCAGCCCCCCUCCGCUCCCCCCCAAGCCGGCGCAGCGCGCGCCCCCUACCGUCGUCUGAGCGCACCACUCGCCGGUCUCGGCGCAUGAUCACCUCACACGACUUCUCCAAGUCACACUUGGGAACCGAAGUAGCCGACCCACAGCUCACAAGACGGACGGAAUCCGUCGAGAACUCAGUUUCUGACACAACUGAGACUAAUGAGCCAUGUCGGCCCCUGUCUGUUGACUCCAUGUCAAGGUUGUCGAAAUACUUCGAACACAACAAACAUUCUGACCUUACAUAUCUGUAAUUUAAUAAGAAGCUUUACACGGAUGAGAAUGUUGAAGGAAUUGUGUAAAUAUAGCAGUUAACGAGCU